AUGCAUUUUUACAAACCAACCUCCCCAAUUAUCCCGCGCCCGAAUCCCAUGAAAGUUCUGAUAUUAGGAUUGCCACGGACAGGUACCACUUCUCUGUACGCAGCUCUGAAGGUUCUCGGGUUCAACACAUACCACUACAACGAAAUCGUUAAGAACAAAAACAAUCAACACUUUCAGCUCUGGUUGAAGGCCCUACAAGCAAAGUACGAUGGUAUCGAUACGCCUUUCAAGGGAGAAGACUUCGACCAAAUGCUUUGGAACUAUGAUGCUGCCUCAGCAGACCCCUGCUGCUUUUUUGUCGAGGAGAUGAUCGCAGCAUACCCAGAUGCCAAAGUGAUUUUGACAACCCGCUCUCGCGAGGCAUGGUUCAGAUCCAUGCAGGCCUUCCUCCUUGAAAUACUUUCUUGGAAGUCCUGGCCGGUGUUGAGUUUCUUUGAUGAUGAGUUCUCUGGACCAUACUAUCGAUUCCUCAAUCAGACAAUGUCUAUUUUAUCAAAAGGCCUCGUACCAUACAGCCCGUCGGCGUACCCGGCAAUUCUGGAGUCUUUUGACGAUCACAAUGAUUUCAUUCGCCGCACCGUGCCAAAGGAGAGGCUUUUGGAAUUCCAUCCAAGUGAUGGGUGGAGCCCGUUGUGCGAGUUCCUGGACCUGCCAGCCCCAGAGGGUGAUUUUCCGUACUUGAACGCAGCACAGGACGCCAUGAAACAGGAGCAGGCACAGUAUUGGUCGAGAUGGUCUUGGGUUGCUAAGCGACUGGGACGGCAUGUAGUCCCACGUGGCCAGAGCAAUGCUGGAAACCCAUAUGUGAAUCCGCGCGACUCAGGCGACAAUCGAAUCGUGCAUUGGAAGGAGUUAGGCUGUUAG